UGUGUCAAUGGUGUCUGGUUUGGUCUCUGCUCUGGUGUCAUCGCAGGAGUGGACGCAAGGCAACUUCAACUUGUAUUCUAGCAAAAUUGGUUAUAUUUUGUUUAUAAUCAAAUUUCUUGUUAUAGAUCAUUUUAUUGUAGUCCCGACUUUCACCUUUUAAUAGGAACCUAAUUUUUAUAAAUAAUCAACAUGAGUUUCCUCAGUAAAGUGUUCGGGGGCAAGAAAGAAGAAAAGGCACCUUCUACUGGGGAAGCCAUACAAAAAUUAAGGGAAACAGAAGAAAUGUUGAUUAAGAAACAAGAGUUUUUGGAAAAGAAAGUUGAACAGGAAUUGCAGACAGCCAGGAAACACGGAACAAAAAAUAAGAGAGCCGCCAUUCAAGCACUUAAGAGAAAGAAGCGCUAUGAGAAACAGCUGCAGCAAAUUGAUGGCACCUUGUCUACAAUUGAAAUGCAGAGAGAAGCGUUGGAAGGAGCAAAUACCAACACGGCGGUAUUGCAAACCAUGAAAAACGCUGCCGAAGCACUGAAGGCUGCACACCAACACAUGGAUGUAGAUCAAGUUCACGAUAUGAUGGAUGACAUUGCUGAACAGCAAGACGUGGCCAAAGAAAUUUCUGAAGCCAUUUCAAAUCCUGUCGCAUUUGGAACUGAUGUUGAUGACGAUGAGUUGGAGAAAGAGUUGGAGGAGUUGGAACAAGAAGAGUUAGACAAGGAGUUGCUGGGCACAGGGCCAACUGCGGACCAACUUCCUUCAGUACCUUCCGAGGUGCCUGUCCCUGCUGCGAGAGCUAAGACAUCAGCCAAAGCCGAAGAAGAAGAUCCGGAUUUGAAGGAACUAUUGGCUUGGGCUCACUAAAACAAGGGAUUUCAUCGCCUCGUCGCCUCAUGGUUCAUACGUGCCCAGUUCUAUUAUUCAAUCGCCUUUAACGAUUAUUACUAAUGUAUUAAACUUUUAGAAAGCUUGAAUUUUACAAUGGUAUUAGAAGUGUUAAGUUGUAUCCGCGAAAGAUCAAAGAUCGGUUGUACUUAGGCUGUGCAACUUGUCGCUUUAUCAGUUAUCGUUAUCGGGUAAGCUUCUUCCAAGCCAAAUCUAUUUAUUUAAGAUAUUUUUUAUAUUUCGUGGGAAUUUCUUUGAAGCGUAAUCUAAUGUUUUGAAAAUGUAUAUUUUUAUGCCUGAACUUAUGGUUCUAAAAAAGUUUGAAGUGUUUUUAUCAUGCUCUUGUGUGAGCUUCUAAGCUGUUACCAAGGUGGAAUAUGUGAUAGAGUUGGUUUUACCGUGAGUUUGUAGCAUUUCAUUUUAUUGUAGGUCUCUAAUUAUUUUAAAAUUGAUAAUUUUUAAUUUCUAUUUAUUAAGAAACCUAUAAAUUGAAUCAUCGCUUACUUAAAGUUUAAAUAACUAUAAUGUUGAAACUACACUUACUUAAGUCUUAAAUAUAAAUCAUUCUUCGUCAAAUAUACGAUGAUGCUGAGGAUAAAAUAUACGUUAAACCCUCAUUAAUCUGGACAUCAUAAAUGCAGAAUUCACAUAAUUUAAAUUUAGCUGUUUGUAAAACUAUUGUUCCACUAUGUGUUAUGCACCACUGUAAAUUGCACCGUUUUGUUGCUUAAUUUACAGUGCUUUAUUGGUUACUGUUCGUAACAUUUGGAACACUAAAGCUAUUUUCUGUGAAAGGUGUGUUGAAAUCUAAUCCACUAGAUCAAUGAGGGUUUACUAUAUUUAAAAAUAAUUGCCUAAACCUAGAUAGCGUUUAGAUUUAAAAAAAAAUUAUAGUUAAGUUUAAACUUGUACCUAACUUUUUUGUACUGUACCAAAGUUUCGUAGAUUACAAUUAUUUUUAUUCCUUAACUAACUUUGUUAAGAAAUUUUUUCUGAAUGAAACAUUGAAAGGUUUUGAAAAAACAUGUCUAAUUCACAAACUUACUGUAGAAUUGAAUGAUAUGAUAAAAUUGGUUAUAAUGUAAAUCUUGUAAAUAUGGAUGUGUACAUUUGUUCCUCUUGGGAUAUGGUAAUCAUUUUCAAAUUAAAUUGUAUUUGUAUA